AUGUCCUCAGGUAUCAAACGCCCCCACGCCGACGACGCGCACUCAGCCAGCGGCAGAAGCGACCGGUCAGACCGCAAGAAACCAAGAGACUGGCGGGAUGCGUUCCUCGACGAUGGCGCCCCACCUCGAGACAGGGACAGGGAUCACGGACGCAGGGAUAGAGACCAGGGCCGCGGGGGAUAUGGUGAUCGCCGUGAGAUGAACGGAGGCCGCCAUGGAGGUUACGGGGGCUAUUAUGAUAGAGAUCGGGGCUAUGAUGAUCAACGAGGCCCAAGUGGGGGACACGGCUCCACCAGGGACAGAGAAGAUUAUCGUGAACGUGAGCCCUCGAGGGGAGAAUAUUCUCGACGGUAUGGUGACCGCAAUGAUUACAGACAAGAUUCGAGAUAUGAUGACCGUCAGCGUCCGAGGGAAGACGAUCCACGCCGGCAACAAGGACAGCAAGGACAGCAACUCCGGGGCGGUCCUCCCCCGACUCACGCAUCUCGGCCGUCGCCAUCCGCGCCACAGAUUUCUGUUAAGCUUCCGCCGGCCGCCCCGCCACAAGGCAAAGCCGGUAUGGACCAAUUCUUCCAAGCAGAGCCAGAAGAACCCGAGCCCGAGCCCGAAGUGGUUGAGGAAGAGCAAGAUCCGGCCAAGAUGCUGGAAGAACGACGUCGAAAGCGUGAGGAGAUCAUGGCCAAAUUCAAAGCCACUGGUGGCAAGCCAACGGUGCCGAAUGUCGUAGUGAAUGAGGUUGGCGGUGGGGCGGAAAGUGUUACAAGCGGUGGGACGCGAACGGGUCUGCAGACUAGCACAGGCAAGUCCCUAGCUUGCAGCGACAAAUCAUUGGCUGACAGUCCGAUAGCAGCUACGCCCAUGCUCAAUAAUCUCGGUAUCCAAUCCAGCAAUCCCCCGAGUGCUACUCCCACCAUCACCGAACAGCCUUCACUCGCGCAUACCCCACAAGGCAAAGCGUUCGAUCUUGCCAAACACCCUUUUGCCUCCAAUGAUUCUGCGCCUCUUCCGCCAGAUGCCCAAACGCCGAGUGGUGUACACGCAGACAUGACGGUCUCGGCUGCAGACUACGAUCCCACCCAAGAAGCCCUUGCAGACCACGAAAAGCGCCAGAAAGACUUGGAAGCUGUCAAGCCCGACCCGCAGAACGCCACUGCUCGAGAGAUCGCCGAUGGCGUAGGCGAACCUGUCACGGUCGAAGACGAUGAUUCACCAAAGGAAGAGGAGUGGGAAGAGGUAGAGAUCGAAGUGGAUGACGAGGAAGACGACGAAUUUGACAUGUUUGAUGCGUUUGGGGAUGACGAGAAACAAAAGAAAAAGAAGAAGGUGACAGUCAGGAGGCUGAAGAAUGGUGGACAAGCCGGGGCCCGAGAAGAGAUUAUUAAUAAGCCCGCUAGUACCAUCGCACCUGAAGUCGUCGACAAUGUUGAUGAUGCGGACGGAUACUACCGUAUCACUCCCGGGGAGAUUGUCGAUGAUGGUCGAUACCAGAUCACGAUCAGCCUCGGCAAGGGAAUGUUCUCUGCGGUGGUUAAAGCGAAGGUCUUGAAAGCUGUCGGUCAAGAGAGAAGGCAAGAUGUGGUUGGGAAGGAGGUGGCCAUCAAGGUUGUGAGAAGUCAAGAGAGCAUGUAUAUCUCAGGGAGGAAAGAAGCUCAGAUCCUCAAGAAGCUCAAUGACGCCGACCCCGAUGACAAAAAGCAUAUGCUCAGACUUGAUCGUAUUUUUGAACAUCGUGGCCAUCUUUGCAUCGUCACGGAAAGUUUGAGUAUGAAUCUGAGAGAUGUCAUCAAACGGUUCGGUAACAACGUUGGUCUCAACAUGCGCGCUGUACGAGCGUAUGCCCAUCAGCUGUUCUUGGGCUUAUCCCUCAUGCGCAAGUGUGAAGUUGUUCACGCCGACAUCAAGCCGGACAACAUCUUGGCAAGUCAUUCUACAACGACGUUAAAGAUCUGUGAUCUUGGCUCUGCAGCAGAGAUCACUGAAGGUGAAAUCACACCUUAUCUUGUCUCUCGAUUCUACCGUGCCCCUGAAAUCAUCCUUGGUCUACCCUACGACACUGCCAUUGACAUGUGGUCCAUCGGAUGUACCCUCUACGAGCUCUUCACCGGCAAGAUCCUCUUCCCUGGCCGAUCCAACAACCACAUGCUCCUGCUCAUGAUGGAGCUGAAGGGGAAAAUCAACCACAGAAUGAUCAAGAAGGCGAGCUUUGGGACAAUGCAUUUCGACGAGGCGAUGAACUUCAUAGGGCUCGAAAAGGACAAGAUUACUGGACAGGAUACGCUGAAGACCCACGUCAUCAACAAACCUACCAAGGACCUUCGAGCGCGUCUCGUUCCAUCAUCGUCCGAGCAGCUGAAGAUGAAGGAUGACGAGCUCAAGCAGUUGCUCAGCUUUGUUGAUCUACUGGACAAAUGCUUACAUUUGGACCCGGCCAAGAGGAUUACGCCGAGGGAUGCUUUGCUUCACCCGUUCAUGACUGGACAUUGA